UACAGGUGAAUCUCUUCUAUUUAGGAAAUGCCAUUAGAUUAGCCAAAUAAUAUAUAUGAUUAUAUCAACACUAAUUUCAUUCAAAAUAUCCGAUUUGCAAAUAUAUGAUUAGUACCAUAAAAUUAUUUUAAUUUACAUAAAAAUAAAAUAUUUAUCUAUUUUUUUCUCACUUCUCAAUUCAUAACAUUUAAACCCCCCGAAAAAAACGAAACCUAAGACACAGAAUAGCAGACAGGGCAUCAUGAACAACAACACGUUGAGCACCGGCGACCAGGUUUCACCAAACCUCUUCAGGUACGGCAUAGGAGUCUCAGUCGGAGUUUUGAGUCUAAUCAUAAUCGUAAGCCUCUUAUCCUAUCACUGUACCCGAAGGACACGCUUAUCCCGGCCCCCAAACAGAACCGCAGCCCUCGUCGUCAUCACCAAUAGUAGGGACUUCGAUCGCCUUCAUCUGGCCGAGCAGGGCUUAGACGACGCCGUUUUGAACAACUUCCCUGAGGUUAUGUACGAUCAGGCUAAGGUCCACGUGAAUAAGGGAUCCAACGGUCGAAAUCAUGAGUCGUCUACGACGGGUUCCAGUUGCUCCAUAUGCUUGGCUGAUUAUAACGACUCUGAUUUGCUCCGGUUGUUGCCGGACUGCGGUCAUCUCUUUCAUUUGACUUGCGUUGACCCAUGGCUACGUCAGCAUCCCACGUGUCCUAUUUGCCGGAACUCGCCGAUUCCGACUCCGUUGACCACUCCCUUGGCCGAGGUCGCUCCCUUGGCCUCCCGUCGAGGUUGAAAUUUGUCUAUAUAAUAAUUUCAAGGCUUACUUUUUCCUUUUUUACAAUUUUUUUAUUUUUAUUCUUUUGCUAGAGUUUUAUGUAAAUGAAUAGAGAUUUGUUUCCAGUUUAA